AAACAUAUCAUAUCGUUCAGCUGACGCUCGUUUUCGCUUUAGCGUUCGUGCUUCGUGUUAAAAGUUAAAAUGUCGAAAGAAAAUUCAGAAAGCAGCCCUAGCUGCCUGCAUUGCAGAGUGCACGAUUCAAAACAGACAUUUCAUGAGAUCUUCGACGAUGUCGGCAUUGACAUCGAAUUGCCAAAUUUACUGGCCAAGUAUUUUCAAUUAAGUGUCAAGCCCGAUCCAAAAAAACAGCAGUUGUUGUGCCUAGAGUGUGUGAAUACGCUAAUUCGAUUCUUUGACAUCGACGAACUGCAAAGAGAACAGGAUGCGGCAAAUGCUGCCAAGAAGGAUAGGCCACUCGGUAAAAAUGACACCAAGACUGCGAGCGAGACAUCAUCGACAACUCCCGCCAAGGCUGAAGCGAAGCCUACAAAAAAACAGGCGUCACCGGCGGCUAAAGCAAAAAUUGAGCCCAAAAAGGAAAUCGCUAAAUUGCCGGUCAAGCCAAAGCCUGCUCCGGCUCCGGUUGCUGCGCCUGCAGCUGCAACCCCUCCACAUGCAGAGGAGUCCGUCGCUGUACGCAUUAGCAAAGGCAAAACAUUGACUGUGACACCAAAACGUAUAGAGAUCAAGCCCAAAUCGAAAGCCAGUGUAGAGAAACCAGUGGGUAAGCGAGGCAACUCUAAAGAAGCUGAUUCAGGGGAACAGGAGCAGAUAGGCGCACUGCUACGUGACAUAUUCGGAGAGGAAAAGAUGGUGGCCAAAGAAAAACUCAUUGAGAUAGCAGAAGCAGUGCAGCAGUCGGAAAACAUCGAUAACGAGGAGCAGAAACAGUUGGAGGAAAAUGUGCAAGAAGAGGAGCAGUCCCUCAAGGAACCGGACAACCCAGACGUUGACGAGCUGGAGUUUUUGCUGGAGGGUGACUCCUCGGAUUUGGAUGUGCCGCAAUUGAAGACAGAGAAGCGCUCCUCACAUGAUACAACGCAAUCCCAAAACGAAAGCGAAAGCGAGAAUGAAACUCACAAAGUUGAACCCUUCAACUUUGUCUUAAUUAGAGAAUCCGACGACGUUGGAGAUCUGUAUGAAUACCUAUCGACUGUAGUGAAGACCUGCUUUGAGACCUUGUCCUUUGACUGGGCCACCGUCUGUCAGCAUUGCUCGCUGAAGUGCGGCAAAUUUGAAACUCUUUUGAGUCAUAUGCUUAAGUGUCAUCAGAUGUCUGGGCAGCAGUUCAAGUGUCCCACUGGAGGCUGCGACAAGCAGCUGCGUGGACGCAAAUUCCUGGCCAUGCACUUGGUUCUGAUGCAUGCUCCAGUAGCAGAAAUACCGAUUUAUGGCAGCUGUCCGGAGUGCAACCUGACUUUCUCGAAUAUAUUGCAGUACAACAAACACUCUUGCGCCCAUGUGAUCAAGAAGCGUCGUGGCAUUCGCUUGUAUUGCGAAAUGUGCGGCCUGGAGUUUCCCUCCUGGAAACGAUUCAACUUUCACAAUCAAUUUCAUUUGGAGCGACAUCGACCACGCGCCUGCUUUGUGUGCGAUUAUGCGGACAACAACAUUGAUGAGCUCUUCCAGCACUUGCACUACUCUCACGAACCGGAGGGUUCGCUCUUUUGCGAUCUCUGUGAUCGCACUUUCCGUGAUGCUGCCAUCUUUGCAGAUCACAACAAAUCCCAUACGAAUGUCACCACCAACACAUACACCUGCAGCGAGUGCAACGCUAGCUUUGACACACGCGGUCGUCUCAAUGGACACAUGCGCAUCACCCAUGGCACUGUCAUCAGUUGUGAGAUGUGCAAUCGCGAAUUUGCCACAGAAGCCAGUUACAACGUACACAUGAAGAAGCAUCUGAUUAUCGAACGUGAGGUGCAUGUGUGCAACAAUUGCGGUUUACUCAGUGAGAGCAAUGACAAGAUGACGGCUCAUGUCGAGAAUGAGGAUUCGGUUUGCUUUGGUGUCGAUAUCUAUGUGGAACUCCUAAGAGAUGCCUACAUCUGUGAAUACUGCUCUACUUACUAUAAGACAAAGUCGGAUUUGCGUGCUCAUCGUGAUUCGGGGCUGCACAAGGAUGGUGUCUUCUGUUGUCAGCCGUGUGGCAAGGAGUUUAACGACAUGAAAUUGUAUCGGCAUCACAUGCGCACCUAUCAAUUGCAGCGCGCGGAUGUGGCACAUCGCAAGUUAGAGAUUUGCCUGUACUUUAUGUGCGACUAUGAGGAUUGCACUGAGUCGUACAUCAGUUGGAAUUCAUUGUAUACACACAAGCGCCGCACUCACGAUCUGGCCGAGAAGCUGGAUGCCAAGCCGAAGGCCGAUGAAUGGAUCUGUCAAUUCUGUCAGAAGCAGUGUCGCUCCAAAAUGUCACUCUCGGUGCAUGUGGCACGGAGUCACAACAACAACAAUGUUGCUUGCAAGCUGUGCAAAGCUUCUUAUAAAGAUGACGAGGCGUUGAAGAAACAUCAUGCUUACUGGCAUGAACCCGUGGAGUGUUCGUUGUGCUUCAAAGUUGUAAAGAAUCGUCGCAACUUUGACACACAUAUGAAUGUAGUGCAUUCGGAUAACAAGCGUUAUGCUUGCAGCGUUUGCCAAAAGGGUUUCUAUCACAAGAGCGAAAUGGAAGCCCACAAGCGACUGCAUAAUCAAUCGUAUAGCUGCGAGAAAUGCAGCUUCAUCACAAGGAGUAAGAAAUCAUUGGCAGUUCAUGUGCUGGGGCAGCAUUACAGACGCUUUGCAUUCGAGUGCAAGCAGUGUACUAAACGCUUCGGCCGUCAACAGGGCUUAACCAACCACAUUUUGCGAGUGCAUUCCACUAAAUUCACAUGUCGCGAUUUCCUCGAAGGCGGCUGCAACAGAGCCUUCAACACAUCGGCACAGUUGACGGUCCAUGUGCGCAAGGUGCACAACAGCAGCAUUAGUGUGACUGAAGAUGUUGACGACGAGGCCGUGGAUCUGGAGCCAGAGGAGGAAGAGCAGCAGGAAGAGCAAGAGCAGCAAUCAAUAAGAAAAUCGAAGCGACAGAGGACGACAGCAUCUUCUCCAUUGGAAAAGAAGCGUUGCGUUCGUCUCAGUAACGACACGCUGAUCGAAUUUAUAAAUGCCGAAUCGAAGGAGGAUCAGAAGAACGCUACAGACUCGGAGAUUUUCGAGGAGUUGCAGGAGAGCAAAGCCAACAUCUUGCCGCCAAAGCGAAGGAAAAGACAAUGUUAAAUUUUGCUAAAGCAGUUUAUUUAGCUGUUUCUUUAUUUCCGAUUUGAUUUAAGUAGUUGCUACCCAUAAAUUGAACACAAAACUCAUGUCGGUAAAUGGACACACAUGCUCCCAAAUGCCAUGUCAUAUUUUUGAUUUCAUUUGUAUUAAUUCAAAAUUUAAAUAUUACUUUUAAAUAAGUUAAUUUCAUUCCUAUCACUUUCACAAUGCGUCAACUGUCUCUGCAUCCAUUUUAGUUUUGUCUUUUUUCACUUUUGCCAUUCAUUUUAUUUACAUUUGCAAUUUGAUAGUGACGUUGUCCUUCUAUCCAACUAUAAAAGCUAAUGCUACCAAAUGUUGGGUGUAUCAUCCACCCUUAUAUAUCAACCCUCACAUAGUUGAGCUAAAUUAUUAGCUAAAAAAGAAUUUAAUUUGUUUGCAAGCAAUUGAAAUGUUUCGUAUUUUUCUUGUAUUAGCUAAAGCCUGUUACAGGGUAUCUGCAAGUCUUGCUCUAUUCAAUAUGUACAUAUUACACUAGUAUGUUUUAUUACGGCAGCAAUUUUGAUUUGAUUUAUUUAAGCAAUUAUGCAUUUUGCAGUUUCUUUUGGUCAUUAAAA